GCUUCCUUAAGCAGUCGAAAUCCCACUUCUCUGCAAGCAGUCAGCUUUGAUCUGAUCACGUGCAACUACCACAAACUACGCUAGAAUACGCGAUGGGUCCUAACCAGCAAGAACCGAUUGCCAUUGUAGGGAGCGCCUGCCGCUUCCCUGGAGGUGCCAACUCGCCAUCAGCACUAUGGAAGCUCCUGGAGAGCCCGCGUGACGUGGGUGUGGACAUUGGUCCAGAUCGGUUCGACGCCAAAAGCUUCUAUCAUCCUGACGGAAGUCAUCACGGCACCAGCAACGUCCUUCGCUCAUAUUUGUUGCAAGAAGAUGUGCGGUUAUUCGAUGCACCAUUCUUCAACCUGAGUCCUAAUGAGGCGGAUGCGAUGGAUCCACAACAACGAAUACUACUCGAGACAGUUUUCGAGGCGCUUGAGGCGGGAGGUCACUCCAUUGAGUCCUUGAGAGGAUCAGAUACAGCUGUUUAUGUGGGGACUAUGACCCUAGAUUAUAACGACACCCUGAUCCGGGACCACAACACAAUGCCGAAGUAUUAUGCAACGGGGACAAGCCGGGCUAUCAUAUCGAACCGCGUCUCAUAUUUCUUCGACUGGCACGGCGUAAGUCAGACUAUUGAUACGGCGUGUUCGUCGAGUUUGAUAGCACUUCACCAGGGAGUGCAAGCGCUUAGGAGCGGUGAGUCGCGCGUUGCAGUGGCAUGUGGAACGCAAAUGCUCCUUGGGCCCGAGAUGUACAUCGGUGAGAGUACAUUGAAGAUGUUGUCACCCAAUGGGCGGUCCGCGAUGUGGGAUGCCAGCGCGGAUGGCUACGCCCGUGGAGAAGGGGUAGCAUCCGUCGUGAUCAAGCGAUUGAGUGAUGCUAUCGCCGAUGGUGACCACAUUCAUUGCAUUGUUCGCGAAACCGGUGCCAACCAGGACGGCUUCUCGAACGGAAUAACGGUCCCCAAUAGUGAUGCCCAAGCAGCAUUGAUCCGACAAACCUACGCGAGAGCUGGCCUCGAUCCGGAAAACGUACCACAGGACCGACCGCAAUUCUUCGAAGCUCACGGCACUGGCACGCAAGCGGGUGACCCGAAAGAAGCAGCUGCCAUUCACCAGUGUUUCGGGAGACACGUGGCUGACUCUGAGACGCCGCUGUAUGUUGGCUCGGUCAAGACUGUCAUCGGACACCUCGAGGGCUGCGCGGGGCUCGCUGGGGUGUUGAAGGCAGCUGGCAUGGUGCAGGCUGGUAUGAUCCCAGCUAACCUACAUUUUCGGCGGUUGAACCCAAAGAUCGAACCAUAUUAUGACGGUCUACAGGUGCCAACGGAAUUGACUAGGUGGCCGAAGCUACCGGAUGGGUGCCCGAGACGUGUCAGUGUUAAUAGCUUUGGCUUUGGAGGCACAAAUGCGCAUGCUAUAAUAGAGGAAUACCGGCCUCCCGUUCCCCCGGCUUCUGUAAAAGGAUCGUCGCCGUCACUCACGCCCUUCGUAUUUUCUGCUGCGUCCGAAAUAUCUCUCCAAGCCCAGCUUCGAGCUUAUUCGAGAUUCUUGAAGGAGAAUCAUGGAGGUAUCCAUCCAAAUGACUUGGCCUGGACGUUGCAUGCACGCCGAAGCCAUCUCUCGACGAAAGUGGCGAUAGCAGCACUUUCGACCGAGCAACUGGGGCUCAAGAUUGACGAGAUGCUUGCCAGCGUGGACCAGAAUGCUGGUGCCACAGUCGGCCUGCGUUCCAUCCCCAACACAGGUACUCCGCGGUUGUUGGGGGUUUUUACGGGCCAAGGCGCGCAAUGGGCAACCAUGGGUUCGCAUCUCAUCCGCUCAUCCCCCUUCGUCCAGGAACGACUGUCCUCACUCCAGGAAUCACUGGAUACGCUUCCUCAGGAGGAUCGGCCAACGUGGCGUCUUGAGGAUGAGCUACUUGCUCCAGCCGACAGUUCACGCCUAGGCGAGGCCGCACUAUCCCAACCAUUGUGCACGGCAAUCCAGGUCAUCUUAGUGGACAUGCUCCGAGCGGCCGGAGUCACCUUUGCUGCUGUCGUGGGACACUCAUCUGGUGAAAUCGCCGCAGCCUAUGCUGCUGGGUUCUUGACCGCGAGUGAUGCCAUUCGCGUUGCGUACUACCGAGGCCUUUAUGCCUACUUAGCUGGGAACAAGAAUAAUCAGCAGAAAGGUGCCAUGUUGGCAGUCGGAGCAUCGUGGGAAGAGGCGCAACAACUCGUUUCUUCGCCCGAAUUUGAGGGUCGACUAGCUGUCGCCGCGCAUAAUUCUCCUGCGAGCGUAACGUUAUCGGGAGAUGCUGAUGCCACUAUCGACGCUAAAGCCUAUUUCGACGGCCAGAAGAAGUUCGCGAGGCUUCUCAAGGUCGACACCGCGUAUCAUUCUCAUCACAUGGAGCCGUGUGGCGAUCGCUACGUUGAAGCAUUGCGAGCAUGUGGAGUUCAAGUGCAGCGACCGAAAAUCGGCACGAGUUGCAAUUGGUUCUCCAGCGUGACAGCCUCUUCUCAAGCAAUGCAGGCCGUAGAUGCUCUUCGGGAUGAAUACUGGAGAGACAACAUGACAAACGCGGUCCUUUUUGCAGAGGCCAUCACAAACGCGGUCACCAACACCCAGCAACUCGACAUUGCCAUUGAAGUUGGCCCGCACCCGGCUCUCAAAGGCCCUGCCACGCAGAACGUUGCUGAAGUGCAAACCUCUUCUCUUCCAUACUGCGGUGUUUUAAGCCGUGGUAAGGACGACAGGGAGGCGUUCACUGAUGCCCUUGGCUUUGUAUGGACGCGUCUCCCUCACAUGGUCGAUUUCAAAUCAUUCGAGAACAUCACUUUGGGAGCAUCCAAAAAACCUACGAUGGUCGUCGGACUCCCAAGUUACCAGUGGAGCCAUGGAAGGGCUCACUGGGCCGAGUCGCGUAUUUCAAAGAGGAUGCGUACACGGAAUACGCCACAUCACGAGAUACUUGGAUUCCUUUCCCCCGACUCCAACGCAUACGAGAUGCGAUGGUCAAAUGUGCUCAAGCAAAAAGAGAUCCCAUGGCUCAGUGGCCAUCAGCUACAAGGCAUGACUGUCUUUCCCGCUGCUGGUUAUGUUGCUAUGGCUCUUGAAGCAUCGAGGGCUCUCGUCGGCGACCAAUCUAUAGAACUCGUCGAGUUGCAUGACCUCAGCAUCCCCAGAGCCAUCACUUUUGAGGAGAACGAUGACUUGGGUGUCGAGACACUUGUCAGUCUCACGGCCAUUGACCGCCAUUCAGACCAACUAUAUACCGCCAACUUCGCAUGUUACUCUAUUCCUGUGCUCGGAUUGGGUGCAGACCAUGAUAUGGAACUCUCUGCCAGUGGGACAGUGAAGAUCUCUCUCGGCGCCCCUGACAUUGCUGCGUUGGUCCGCGUUCCUCACGAAAUGUACAACAUGGGUUCCGUGGACUCCGAUCGCUUUUAUUCCACAAUCGCAGAACUGGGAUACAACUACUCUGGCCAAUUCAGGACUCUCUCUUCCGCACAACGAAAGUUGAACCAAGCUUCUGCGCUUGUAGCGUCUUAUGUAUAUGAUGAGAUGAGCGUAUCAGAGUACCUAGUGCACCCAAGUAUGUUGGACGUUGCCUUCCAGGCUAGCAUUCUUGCAUAUUCAGCUCCAGGAGAUGGACGUCUUUGGUCUUUGUCAGUUCCCACAGCCAUUGGAACCAUCCGAGUCAACCCAGAAGUAUGCGCUGCGCUGCCAACCUCUGGUUCGAGUGUGCCUGUCUACGCAACUAUUGAUGGCGAGUCCGAGAAGUUCUCUGCAAGUAUCGACAUCUUCAGCGAUGACGGUGAGAACGUAAUGAUGCAGGUAGAAGAUCUCAAGAUGCGGCCAUUCGCCCCCGCCAACGAAGCCGACGAUCGAGUCAUGUUUACAAACACUAAAUAUGGCGUCGCUAUGCCUGAUGGUGCCACCCUGCAGAGCGAUCUCCACCCUAGCGCGUAUGAUGCGGAAGUCGCUGCUGCUUGUGAGAGAUUAUCAAUCUAUUAUCUGCAUAAAUGGAAUUCCGAGCUUGCAGAACACUCCAGUGCAGAUGGAUCAAAAUUAGCUUCGCUCUCGGGCUGGCUUCGUCAGGCCCUAUCUGUUGCAACUCGUCUGCAGCCAUCAGCGAUUAAGAACGAAUGGACUUUGGAAAGUGCUGAAGACGUAAGAGCCUUGGCGUCAACGUACGCCGACUCCGUGGAUCUCAAAAUGCUAUUAGCUUUUGAUGAAUCCAUGAAUGCCAUGAUCCAGGACAUCACCGCACCUCAGGAUACGCCCCAGCUUCCAAUGGUCCACGACUGGUACCAAGAUGGAUUGGGAUCUUCUGCAUACAACUCUCUCCUCGGGGGAACGUUGAAGCAAAUUGUGUACAGAUACCCACAUGCACGCAUUCUGGAGUUAGGAGCUGGCAAAGGUGCUACCACUCGAUCGGUCCUUCAAGCAAUAGGACAUACCUGUUCUUCGUACACAUUCACGGACGCCUCGCAAGAGAACGUUCGCAACGCUGGCGAUUCAUUCAGGAGCCACAGUGAGCAGAUGGCUUACAAGGUCUUGGACAUCAAAAGAUCACCGAUAGACCAAGGCUUCAAAUCUCAGGGUUACGAUAUUGUCGUUGCAUCUCACGUUCCAACAAUGGCUGGCUCCAUCACGACUACUCUUGAGCAUAUUCGACAAUUGCUAAAACCAGGCGGCUAUCUCAUUAUGAAGGAAUUCACGAACCCAAGCUCGAUUCGCUCACAGGUUAUGGCAGGUGCCCUGCUAGCUCUGGGGUCUGACAUCGACGGCGGCUCUGUGCCUCCACCGAUCCUAUCCCCGGGUGGGUGGCAUUCCAUCCUGCGCAAAGUCGGCUUCUCAGGGGUGGAUGCUCGGACGGCCGAGAUUGAUAGCAUUGCGUGGCCGAUGUCCGUCAUUGUGUCUCAGGCUGUCGAUGAACGUGUUCAGUUUUUGCGGCGUCCGCUGUCUGCACCCUCUCCAUCCACUUCUUCUCCAUUUGAACUCGAGAGCUUAGUUAUCCUCGGUAACGGCACCCCCGAAACAGCUCAGAUCGGUGAAGCAAUAGCAGGCCAUCUUGAGCGUUUCUGCAACAAUAUCACCGUGCUUGAUGAACUACCCUCCGAGGAGGAGUCGAUGGAUCUCAAUCCGAUGAGCACAUUCCUCAACCUGGUCGAUCUCGAUUCUCCAGUCUUCCGCAACAUGACUGAUGAGAAGAUGCUUGGUCUCAACCGAAUGCUGGAGUUGGCCAAAACCAUCGUCUGGGUUACACACGGCGGCCAAGACAGUCCGUACCAAAUGGCGAGCAUUGCAUUUGGUCGUGCAAUUAGACAAGAAGCUCUGCACAUCAACUUCAACCAUAUUGAUAUUUCUGGUCUGCAGCACAACGUCCCUCAAGUUAUCGCAGAAUAUCUUGUGCAGCAGUGUGUCCUCGACGAAUGGGAAGCUCCACCUUCAGCGCUUGCGGAUGCGCAACACCAGGACUCCGCCUUUCUCUGGUCCAGAGAACCUGAGGUCUUCUUUGACGGUGGACAGCUCAAGGUACCUCGAUUGAUUCCGCAAAGCAACCAGAAUGCGCGAUUGAACUCACUAAAGCGCGCCAUCACCAAGAAAGUAGCAAUACCGGGAAGCAACGUUGGCAUUGUCUCGCCUGUGAGCGAGUCCCGGCAUUAUGUGGUUGAGCAGCCGCAUCAGAAUCGAGAUCAUGCAUCUGGUGAUAUCUUCAGAGUUCAGAGCUCUAGCCUGAAGGCGUUGUCCGUUUCUUCAGACACAUUCCUGUUCCUGGGUAUCGGCCACAAUGAAGCAAAGGGAACAUGUGUCCUCUUGUCAACCUCAAAUUCUUGCGAGGUAGCCCCGUUGGCGAUUACAAGUAUGCCACAAUCACUGCUUGAUCAAGAUAACAACGCCACCGACGACGAAAUUCUAAUCGCCGUAGCGAGCGAGCUCCUUGCCGAGGCUUUGACCCGAAAGCUCUCACCGGACGACCACAUUAUGAUUCACUGCUCUGGCGCCGACUGGAGUCUCGCUGAGUCGAUUCGCCGACUGGCAACCGACCAUUCCAUCCGUGUUACUCUCACUCAAGCAGACGACAACAACAGGACUCCGACAUCAAUCAAUAUCAAUCCGCGAAUCUCUAACAUGAAUCUGAGGAAAAUAGUUGCUCGUGUCAGGCCUACCCACUUUUUAGACCUGACAGCGAGUUUUCUGGGAGACCGCAUCACCCAUGCUUUGAAUCCGAACUGCACCAUUGUCAGCGCAUCCACCCUCUUCCGAAGCAACUUUUCAUUACCACCAUCGGCGAGCGACACAGAAUCGGUCGUGCGCAGCCUCAGGAAUUCCGUUCUGAGAUCCAGGCCUCUGGGCCAUAAUUUCCGGCAUCUGGUUAUUCCCCUCCCAGAUGUUCGUUCUCUGGAAGAAGAGUACACAUUGAAUGUCAUCCAUUGGCCGUCUGACGAGGUAGUCGAAGCCGAAGUUCAUCCCCUGGAUAGCCGUCAUUUAUUCGCCAAGAAUAAGACCUACCUUCUCGUCGGCCUUAGUGGUCAGAUUGGGCAGUCUCUUUGUGAAUGGAUGAUAGCAAAUGGAGCGGGAUGUGUGUGCUUGACCAGUCGUCGACCCAAGGUUGAUGAGAAGUGGUUGCAAUCUUUUGAUGGUACUGGCGCGAGUGUCAAGGUGAUUUCAAUGGACGUCUUGGACCCGACUAGCAUCGAGCAUGUGGUCAAGGAACUUCGCGAGACGUGCCCUCCAAUCGCCGGUGUCGCAAACGGAGCGGUCAUUUUCGAUGAUCAGCUUUUCGCCAACAUGCCCGGAGAGUCGAUGCGGCGAGUUCUCGCGCCCAAGAUCGACGGUUCGAUGAACCUCGAUCAAGUCUUCCACGAUACCAAACUCGACUUCUUCAUCUUGUUCUCCUCGGUCGUAUGCAUAUACGGAAAUGCAGGUCAGUCAAAUUACUCAGCAGCCAACGGGUUUUUGAACGCCCUCGCGAGGCAAAGACGCAAGCGCGGUCUAGCAGCCUCUUCCAUCGCCCUUGGAAUGGUUGCAGGAAUUGGUCAUGCUGAGAGUGCAGGUGAAGCUGUACAGGAACAGCUUGUCAAGCGCAUCGGCCUUCCUCCAGUUUCAGAGACGGACUUGCGCCAAAUCUUUGCUGAGGCUAUCAUCGCCGGAUCUCAACUAUCGGAAGACCCAGUGGUGGUAGCUGGCCUCCGCACUAUCGGCGAUGAUGAGGAUCUAAGGGGUCCGUGGUUCAGCAACCCUUACUUCUCGCAUAUGAUCCAGGAGAGCCACCGUUCUUCCGAUGGUGGAGACGACAAGAAAGCAACUCUUCCCGUCAGCCAAUUGCUUGCCAAGAGUGCCACCAAGGGAGAAGCACUUGAGAUCUUGCGAGAAUCUUUUGCUACCAAACUGGUCGCAAUGCUUCAGCUUGGUGACCAAAAGAUUGAGCAUGAUGCUCCUCUCCUCGAGCUUGGCAUAGAUUCUUUAGUCGCUGUUGAAGUGCGAUCAUGGUUUCUCAAGGAACUGAAAGUGGACAUCCCUGUUCUCAAGGUAGUUGGUGGCGCUUCCCUCAGCGAGUUGUGUGAAAGAGCUCUUGAAAAGCUUCCUUCGUUUGAGAAACAGGAUGUCGCUGAGGUUGGAAAAACAACAACAAAAACAGGAGCAAAGGCCUCUGAGGGGAAGCCGGAGGAACCUCCAAAGGCCCAAAGCUCCGACGAAGGGUCGGAUUCUGCAUCAGCUUCUGAUGGUCAGAACCCACCUACCGCCAUGACGACACCGCCAGCUUCCAUUCCAGAUCUUGACUCCAAGGCAAUGGACACAUCUGCAUUGCGCCGGAAGGUUCGUGAUCAUCGAAAGUUCCUGAAAAGCGAGCGGAUUUCACUGCCUCAGUCUCGAUUUUGGUUUCUGCGGCACCUUCUAGAGGAUCCCACGACUCCGAACGUGGUCAUAUCUUACCACCUUUCUGGUACUUUACGCAUCGGCAAUCUUGAAAGAGCUAUCCGCCUUGUCACCAACAGGCACGAAGCCCUCCGUACGUGUUUCGUUGAAGACGAUACUUCGGCUGGCGAAGCUUAUCAAAGCGUCUUGCCUAGCUCUCCAUUGCGGCUCGAGCGUAAGAAAAUCAAUUCCAUCAAGGAUAUUGGACUGGAAUUGGCGGCCCUGGGAAGUCAUGUGUUUGAUCUCGAGCACGGCGACGUGAUGAAGCUUAUUCUGCUGACACUAUCGUCGUCAUCCCAUUACCUAUUGAUCAAUUACCACCACAUUGUCAUGGAUGGGGCCAGCUGGAAUGUGUUCUUCUCGGACCUGGAGAAGGCAUACAUGGGCCAGUCCCUUGGGCCGUCCCCUCAACAAUAUCCGGAAUUCUCAGUCGCACAACGGCGGGCUAUCGACAACGGCGAAAUGCUUGACGAGCUGAAAUAUUGGAAGACGAUUUUCCCAGCAGACGAUCCCCCUCCCGUCCUUCCUCUUCUUCCGAUGGCAAGGACUAGCUCUAGAGUGGCCAUGGAAGGCUUCGACACUCAUCAGGUCUCGUGUCACCUCGAACCAGUUCUGAUUGACAGAAUUAAGGCCGUCGCUAAAGCGCAACGAUCAACCCCGUUCCAUCUUCAUUUAGCCGCGUUUAAAGCUAUGCUUUUCCUCCUCGCCGGCGAAGACACGCAAGAUUUGACGAUCGGGUUUGCCGACGCGGCACGAAAUGACAGCGGUGUGGAAAAGAGCAUUGGAUUCUUUCUGAAUCUGCUUACGCUACGUUUCCGUCGUAAUCCAACACAGAGUUUUGCCGAGGCUAUUGGUGAGGCUCGCAAUACCGCCUACGCUGCUCUUGAGAGCUCGCGCUUACCGUUCGAUGUGUUGUUGAGUGAGCUGAACGUUGCACGCUCUUCACUUCACAGUCCGUUCUUCCAAGCAUUCCUUGACUAUCGGCAAGGUGUACAAGAACGACAUCCAUGGGGCAACUGUCAAGCUGAACUCCAAGAAGUUCGUCCGGGAAGGACCGCUUACGACAUUACGUUGGAUGUCACCGACUCGAACACGGAUUCUCUAAUCGUGUUCCGUCUACAGAAGAGCCUUUACGAUCUCACCGCUGCUAACCUUCUUCUGGAGACUUAUGUUCAUUUCCUUGACACCAUCACCAGCCGACCCUCCCUUUCGCUGGUGGACACCCCGUUAUUCAGCCAAACACAGCUCGGACAGAGUACGCAAAUUGGUCGUGGGCGCAAUCUACAGUCGGAUUGGCCAGCCACACUCCCACAUCGCAUUCAUGAGGUUGCAAUGGAGAACCAAGACCGUGUAGCUCUGAUGGAUGGCACAGGUCAGGAGUUGACGUACAAAGACAUGGACAGCCGAAUCGAUGCCAUCAGCGAAGCACUUCAGCAUGCUGGUCUCGGGAAGGGUUCCAGAGUCCUUGUCUAUCAACAGCCUGCAGCCGAUUGGACAUGCUCAAUGCUUGCCAUCAUGCGUAUCGGUGCUGUCUACAUACCCUUGAAUCUUCGCGAACCUCUUACUCGCCUGGCGGCGGUUGCCAAAGAUUGCGAGCCUAGAGCAAUCCUCGCCGACAAAACGACAAUCGAGGAGGCCCCAGGCCUACGUACAGAUAGCCUUUGCGCUGUGAUCAACGUCUCAGAUUUACCACUCAAAACUUCAGUUACUGUUCCGAUCGUAGCGGAGCCGGAUUCCGUGGCUGCCAUUCUUUACACUAGCGGAUCCACGGGUACGCCCAAAGGCAUCAGUGUGACGCAUGCUGGGCUUCGCAACGAGAUUGAGGGAUACACAAAGACAUGGGGUCUGGGUGCCGAGCGAGCUCUCCAACAGAGUGCGUUCACCUUUAACCACUCCUCGGAUCAAAUGUACACCGGUCUCGUUAAUGGUGGCAUGGUGUACAUUGUUCCAGCCGAAAAGCGUGGCGAUCCUAUCGAAAUUGCCAAGAUCAUCCAGGAGCAUCAUAUCACCUAUACCAAAGCGACCCCCUCGGAGUACUCGAUGUGGAUACAAUUCGGCGGUGAACCUCUCCGGCUUGCCUCGAGCUGGCGAUUUGCGUUUGGAGGUGGCGAAACCCUGACUACAAUCGUCACUGAUGAGUUUGCCAGCCUCAGCCUACCGCAUUUGCGCUUCUUCAACUCUUACGGUCCAACUGAGAUUUCUAUCUCGUCUCACAAGAUCGAGAUUCCUUACCGAGAGAAGGAGUUAGUGAAGCAGAUGGGACGCAUACCAUGCGGCUACUCGCUCCCUAAUUACUACACUUACAUUCUUGAUGAGCAGCUCCAGCCAGUUCCAGUGGGCAUGCCUGGUGAAAUCUACUUGGGAGGUGCCGGCGUCUCCCUUGGCUAUCUCAACAACACGGAACUGACUAAUAAACAUUUCGUUCCUAACCCAUUUGUAACGGCAGAAGAUGUGGCUCACGGUUGGACGCGUAUGUAUCGCACCGGAGACAUCGGUCACCUACAAGCCGAUGGCGCCAUGGUCUUCCACAGUCGCAUGGCUGGUGAUUCGCAAGUCAAAAUUCGCGGCCUUCGCAUCGAGCUUAGCGACAUCGAAAGUAACCUCAUAACGACUGCGCAAGGCUCCCUGAGAGAAGCAGUUGUCACGCUUCGCGAAGGCGAUCCAUCUUUCCUAGUCGCACACGUCGUCUUUUCACAGCAACACAAUGUACCCGACAAGGAAGAUUUUCUCCAGAAUCUUCUCAGACGAUUGCCCAUACCUCAAUACAUGAUCCCGACCAUGGCUAUAUCUCUUCCAAAGUUCCCUCUCAACAAUCACUCCAAGGUUGACCGAAAGGCUGUUCAGAACAUGCCACUUCCCGAGCGGACAGGCGGAUCGAAGACUGCUGUCGAAAUGACUGAGACAAUGGUACAGUUGGAACGCAUAUGGAGGGACGUGAUUGGUGCCAACUCCGACAAGCUCGAUAUGGACCCCUCAACCAACUUUUUCCUUGUGGGUGGGAACUCCCUUCUUGUCAUUCGCCUCCAAGCCCGCAUCCGAGAGAUCUUCCAAGUCGUCAUUCCGCUCUUCAAACUCAUGGGUGCCAGCACGCUGGCUGAUAUGGCGCGGAACAUCGAGCAAAGCUCGGGUGUCAGUCACAUUGACUGGGAGAAGGAGACGAUCCCGCCUAGUAUCCCCAGUUUCCUUCAAUCACUUCCGGUAAAAGCCACAACGCCAUCCCUGACAAUCAUGUUAACUGGCGCCACCGGCUUCCUUGGCAAAUACAUCCUCCCACAGCUCGCUUCUCGGGGAGACGUGCAGAUGAUACACUGCGUUGCCGUCCGCGACAAGCCACGACAAGGGGAACUUUUCACCGCCCCCAACGUUACGUACCAUGUAGGCGACCUGUCGUCUCCCAUGCUAGGGCUUAGUGUGGACGAGUUCCGCCGCCUAUCAAGCGAGGUCGAUGUGGUGCUUCACAUGGGGGCUGUACGUUCUUUCUGGGAUAAUUACCACGUCCUCCGACCCAGCAAUGUUGAGUCACUGAAAGAAGUCGUCAAGCUGGCAGCCCCUCGCCACGUCCCUAUUCAUUACAUUUCAACGGUCGGCGUGCUGCCUGCAGACGAAGAACCCACACGACAAAAUGCCGGUACAGCUGCUGCUUAUCUACCUUCAAGAGAAGGUAGCGAUGGAUAUGUUGCCUCCAAGUGGGCUGGGGAACGCAUUCUCGAGCGUUCUGUAGAAACGCUUGGGGUGCCCUCUCGGAUCUACAGGUUCCUUCCAGCGGCGGGGCAAGAUGAUACGCAGAAACAGAAUUUGAUGGACUUGUUCAUCAGGAUGGUUGACGCUCUAGGCGUAAUACCCGACAUGGGUGUCUGGAACGGUCGAGUAGACAUGAUUCCUGCGGAACAGAUUGCGCAUUGGUUAGGAGAGUCGACGAUGGCUGUCACCGUCUCUGUUUCUGAUAAAGGAUCGGAUCCUUCGGCUCAAUUCCUUCAUUAUGAAAGUACUAUCAGCUUUCAUACUGACGAGCUCAACGAGUACAUUGGACGGAAGAGGGGAGAUCAGGCAGAUCUCAAGAGGAUGCCAUUCCUUUCGUGGCUGGGACGAUGCAAGGCAAUUGGUUUCAAUUAUCUUAUCGCAUCGCAGCAGGCGACUGUUACGGAUGGUGAGCGUGGUGUUGCGUAUAUUUCGAGGAGAUGAGCAUCGUCAGCGCGUAGUCUUGAUUCGUUUUCUUAUGGCUGUGGGAUUGUUUUCUAUUUAGAUUGAGAACGUGGUGGUAGUCUCUCCAUAUCCUGUUGUUUAUAAUGUAUCCCUUUUCCGUAUGCAUCUUAUCAUAGACCCAAGUUUGCCUC